AUGUCAAAUUCAAUUUCCGAAUUUGCCACCACUCUUCUCCCACGGAGCACCGAAAACCCUCAACAGGACCCGAUUCCACAAAAUGGAUCAAUCUCCGGGGCAGUGUUCAACAUCUCCACCACCAUGGUCGGUGCCGGAAUCAUGGCGAUUCCGGCGACCAUGAAAGUCCUCGGCAUAAUUCCGGGGCUAAUUGUGAUCGUGUUUGUGGCGGUUAUAACGGAUUUAACGGUUGAGUUUAUGUUGAGGUGUACGACUUCUGGUAAAGCGGUUACGUAUGCGGGGAUGGUGGGUGAGUCGUUUGGUUGGCGUGGAUCUCUUGCUGUUAAGCUUUGUGUUAUUACCACUAAUCUUGGUGUUCUUAUCGUUUUUUUCAUUAUUCUUGGAGAUGUUCUUUGUGGAAAUGAGUACGAAGGUACCAUACAUUUAGGUAUUCUACAACAAUGGUUUGGCAUCCACUGGUGGACGUGUCGCACUUUUGCUCUGCUGGUUGUCGCACUUGUCAUAAUGCUCCCCCUAGUUAUGUUACGCCGUGUAGAUUCACUCAAGUAUAGUUCUGCAUUAUCGAUCCUUUUAGCGUUGGUUUUUGUUGUAAUAUGCUCAUCGAUGGCAGUUACUGCAUUAUCGUCCGGCUUCGGAUUCCAUGUCAAUGUUCAUCCCAUUAGAGCAGAGCUUGUAAAACCGUCAGACAUGAGUUCGGCCGUGCGAAUUUCAUUGUUAAUCUCUGUUUCCAUUUACUUUGCUAUUGGAUUCUUCGGAUACCUAUUGUUUGGCGACUCCAUAAUGCCGGACGUGUUGGUAAACUUCGACCAGAACUCCGAUUCAAGUUUCGGUCGAUUGCUAGACAACAUUAUUCGGAUAAGCUACGCUCUCCAUCUUGCACUUGUAUUCCCCAUGUUGAACUAUUCUUUGAGGGCCAAUAUAGAUGAACUACUAUUCUCAAAUAAAAAUAAGCCUCCUUUGGCUUUGGACACUCCAAGAUUUGUGCGAAUCACUCUUGUUUUGUUAGCAUUCACAUAUUUGGUGGCUGUGGCUAUUCCAAAUGUUUGGUACUUUUUUCAGUUCUUGGGAUCUACUACCAUUGUUUGCCUCUCGUUCAUCUUCCCUGCUGCAAUCAUACUAAGGGAUAUGCAUGGUAUAUCAAAAACAAGAGAUAAAGUAAUGGCAAUAGUGGUGAUAAUUUUGGCUGUUGCGACAAGUGGAAUUGCUAUAUGGACCAAUUUGAAUGUUAUUAGUUAA